UCUGCACAGUGAUGGGUGGAGACACUGCAGGGUGAGGUAAAUACUGCGACUGACACCUGAGAGCUACGAACUGGAGCGUGAAGACCAUCUGCAGUAGCACAGCGACAGGUUUGUGGAUCUAGUUAUAACUUUCCAUCCAAGUAAACAUGUCCGUCUUCAAGAAAUUCUUCAAAGAUAUCAUUCGUGACAAAGACAGAGAUGAUGACACCGUCGUAGUGAAGGGGAAGGUGAAACCUAAGUUUUAUGGAACAGUCGCCCCGUAUCCGAACUUCAACGCCAGCAGUGAUGCGUCCACUCUUCAGAGCGCCAUUGACAGUAAAGAGGUGGACGAGGACGUGAUCGCUGCUGUCCUUGUGAAGAGAUGCAACGAGCAGAGACAGAAGAUCAAAGUAGUUUAUGAGGCGUCCACUGGAAAGCGGCUGGAAGACGGUCUGAAGUCGGUUCUCAGGUCAGAUUUAGAGGACAUCUCUCUGGCUCUGCUGAUGACGCCCGCACAGUUUGACGCCUACCUGCUCAGGAAGGCCACAAAGGGCUGGGGCACAAAUGAAGACGUCCUGACGGAGAUUCUGGCAACGAGAACAAACGAAGAGAUUCGAGAGAUCAAGCGGGUCUUCAAACAAGAGUACGAAACAGAGCUGGAGGACAUUAUCAAGUAUGAGACCAGCUCUGAUUUCACCACGGCUCUUCUGGCCAUGUUGAAAGCAAACAAAGAUGAGAACACGGAAGUCGACACGGAUCUGGCCGAAAGAGACGCAAAGGUUCUGUUUGAAGCUGCUGAGCAUCCCGAUGGAAUCGAUGUUUCCACCAUCAUCGACAUCCUGACCACGCGCAGCGGCCCGCAGCUCUCUAGGACGUUCCAUCACUACGCUGCAACCAGUGACGUUAAGUUACCCAAAGCCCUGCAGUUGGAGCUGAGUGGAGACAUCGAAGACUGUCUCAUUGACAUUGUGAAAUGUGCCUGGAACACACCGGCUUUCUUCGCUGAGAAGCUCCAUAAGGCGAUGGAGGGCCACGGCACAUGUGAGGACACACUCAUCAGGGUGCUGGUGAGCCGCUCUGAGAUCGAUCUGAAGAAGAUUGUGCAGGAGUACAGGGCCAUGUUUGGCAUCAGCCUACAGGAGCACAUACUGAGGGAGACUAAAGGACAUUAUGAGACCAUCCUGCUGGGACUGUGUGGACCUCACUGAAAACCACUUGAAAAUGGAGACCAGCCAUUUGAUGUCACUGAAAUCUCACAUCUAUCAAAAAUGAUUACGGAUGACGUAUCUAAUCUGUUUUAUCUUUUUGAUGUAAUCCCACCAACAAUAAAAACCAUAUGAUACAUAA